GUGUAAAUAACAUAACUUGUGUUGCGUUCAGCCACUGAGUUUGUGAUAACUUAUUACGACAUCAGUAGGAAAGUACUACAGUACAAAAUCCUUCAGGAGAGGUGAACUAGCUCUGACCUCCUCUACUUGCACAGUCACUUAACAAAUAUUGAAAACGCUCCAUGGACAAAGCAUUGUGUUGGGAACAGGGGAGUCACACAUGGAAAUGAAAUUUGUGCCUGGUGCCCAUGAACGGAGAUAAAGGAGGACAAAACGUCAGACGGUGGAGGAAAAGCUGGGAACGGAGGCAUCCCGCAAGGGACAAAGGAUAAGAGCUUUUCACUCCUCUAUGGCCAAGAAUACUGCCGGUCCUGCCCUCCUCUUCCAUCUACAAACUGCCAUCUUUUGUGGCCCAGAUUCGGAUGAGGGUCUUUUUCGUCCCUUGUCCCCUGUCUCAGAAACGGAAAAGACUCUCACCUGCAUCUUGGGUUCGGUUUCAGGCUCUCGCCUUCAGUUAUAAAAAUGUACAGAGAGCAUUAGCGAAUCUCAGCCAAAGCUAUAAACUACGACUGGCCACAAGAGUGUGCACGUGAGGUGACUGUAAUUUUUUUCUGCCAAACCAGAAUUAGCCGGUACAGGAAUGAAGGAGCCUGGAGAUUUGAAAUUGCACUGACCGGGAGGGAGCUCAGGUUACGUUCGGGCCACCUCCGAAAGGACCCUUUUUAAAGACACGCGUACUGAGGCCUGGAGCUCAGAGCUCCACCGGACGCUCACCUGGCCCGGCAUCAAGCGGCGGGGGAGCCCGGAGCCCGGAGCCGGGAUCGAGAGCACAGAGCAGAGCAGAACGCCGAGCACCAGGCACCGGCAAAUCCAGGAUGAUAGGCGACAUUGCAACAAAUCUCCACGGCCAGCCGCUCAGGGGGCUCCGAGGAAAACAGCAAGUUCAGGGAUCCCGGCCAGGAGCCCAGUGAGGACGCAGCCCCCGAACGCCUUGUGCGAAAAUCUUGGAAAAUGUACACAAGCCAUGAAGAUAUCGGCUAUGAUUUUGAAGAUGACCCCAAAGAUAAGAAGACACUUAAACCCCACCCAGACAUCGACGGCGGGUGGGCCUGGAUGAUGGUCCUGUCCUCUUUCUUUGUGCACAUCCUCAUCAUGGGCUCCCAGAUGGCCCUGGGGAUCCUCAACGUGGAAUGGCUCGAGGAGUUCCACCAGAGCCGCGGGCUGACUGCGUGGGUCAGCUCCCUCAGCAUGGGCAUCACCUUGAUCGUGGGGCCUUUCAUCGGCUUGUUCAUCAACACCUGCGGCUGCCGCCGGACGGCGAUCGUCGGGGGGCUCGUGAACUCGCUCGGCUGGGUGUUGAGUGCCUACGCUGCGAACGUCCAUUACCUCUUUAUUACCUUCGGGGUGACAGCUGGCUUUGGGAGCGGGAUGGCCUACCUGCCGGCCGUGGUCAUGGUGGGCAGGUACUUCCAGAAGCGGCGCGCCCUUGCGCAGGGCCUCAGCACCACCGGGACGGGCUUCGGCACCUUCCUCAUGACGGUCUUGCUGAAGUACCUGUGCGCGGAGUACGGCUGGCGGAACGCAAUGAUCAUCCAAGGCGCCGUCUCCUUAAACCUGUGUGUUUGUGGGGCGCUCAUGAGGCCCCUGUCCCCUGGGAAGGACGAAAAGGACCCGGCGGGGCGAGAUCCGCAAAUCCUCGCCGCUCACUCCACGGAAUCUGUCAAGACAGGUGGACAGCCGCGGGGCAGGGCGGAUGAGAAGGAGGGCAACCCCGGGCCCGAGGAGCCCCUCGGUGAGCUCGCAGGCCAGGGGUGCCCGGAGGAGACGGGGCACGGGAAGAACAUGUGCGCCUUCAGGGUGCUGAAGGCGGUGAGCCAGCUGACCCUGAGGGUGCGGAAGGGCUUCCGGGACUGGUACUCCGGCUAUUUUGGGGCUGCCUCGCUCUUCACUAACAGAGUAUUUGUAGGCUUUAUUUUCUGGGCGUUGUUUGCAUACAGCAGCUUUGUCAUCCCUUUCAUUCACCUCCCAGAGAUCGUCAACUUGUAUAACUUAUCCGAGCAAAACGACGUUUUCCCUCUGACUUCAAUUAUAGCAAUAGUGCAUAUCUUUGGGAAGGUGAUCCUGGGCAUUGUGGCGGACUCCCCUUGCAUCAGCGUCUGGAACGUCUUUCUGAUGGCCAACUUCACCCUCGUGCUCUGUAUUUUCAUCCUGCCGCUGAUGCACACCUACGCCGGCCUGGCGGUCGUCUGCGCGCUGAUAGGCUUUUCCAGCGGCUACUUCUCCCUGAUGCCCGUAGUGACUGAAGACUUGGUGGGGAUCGAGCACCUCGCCAACGCCUACGGCAUCAUCAUCUGCGCUAACGGCAUCUCUGCGUUGCUGGGACCGCCAUUUGCAGAUGUUUCUACAGUAAAAUACAGCACAGCUUGGCCACCACACUUGAGUGACCAAGAGUCUACACGUAUUUCCUCCAUUCGCAUGAACUGUAACACCCUGACAGCAAUUUGCGAUGUUUUUCACCAAGAGCUGGGAACACGUUUAAUAAGGUUGGAUCUACGACAUCACACAAAAAUAUGAUUUUUCCUUCUACGUAUGUGGUUUACUUUACCUGAUAGGAGUAUUGUUUUUACUCAUUCAACCGUGUACGCAAAUUAUAGAGCAAUCCAGGAAGAAGGCCAUGGGCGGUGCCCAUGUGUAGAGUCCCAUUACGUUUCACGUGAGAUUUCUUCGUGGUUCUCACGCCUACCUCACCUGGUCGCUGUGAGGGGCCGAUGGCGAAUCGUGGGAAAGCGCUUUGUACAGUAACUGGCACUGUCACUUGUAAAGCCGUUGUCAUUGCUUCACUCGAGAGCAGCAUUGCCUUCUUCCUCUUGGGGAGAAGCAACGCUAAUAGUAUUCAGGACUUCACACAUUUUGAAGACGACAGUGUCCUCCAAAGACAGCCUAGUGAUAAUUGGUAGAAACGCCCUUACGAAAACUCUUCUCUCUCAUCAUCUGCUGGGACUAGGGUGUUAGAUACAGCUCUUGGAAACAAAGACAAGGAAUAACAGAUUUUCAGUUCAACUCUAGGCAGACCUCAUUUUUUUGUGCUUCACUUUAUUGCUCUUCAUGGAUGUUGUCUUUCGUACAAGUCGAAGGCAAGACCCUCAGCCAGCCAAAAGAUUACAAGUGGCUUUACUGAGAUCCUCGCUUUGCUGCAGUGGUCUGGAACUGAACUUGCGGUAUCUCUGAGGUGUGCCUGUCCUUUGUAAAGUGAAAGUCAAGUGUCUAAACGCUUCUGGAAAGCUCGAGGAUAAAUGGGUGUUAAGCACAAGAGUAUGACUAGACCUCAGAUGUUAAUUGUUACAGGGAGCUCUUGACCUCCCACUGUAAAAUAAACACAGGCUCUGAUUUCAAAGGUAGUACAUGUAGUACAAUUAAAGAAAAAAUUAUAUUUUUAUGAAAGAAUUCUGCAGCUAAGGAGUACAGAUUCUCAGUAUUCCUCUAAGAAAAGUGUUUGCCAUCAACCCCAAUUUAAUAGCCUCCACUGACACACAGAAUCUUAAGACCCAACCUAAAUAACAGUUUCCUUAGUGAAAGUUGUAUUUGUCCUCACGGCAAUCAAGGGCUAUAAUUCAAGCACUUUUAUUCAUGUCCUUGGCCUCUUCGUUUAUGAGCACAAUCCGGGGCCCAUAAAUUUUUUUUUCCCUGAGUUUCUCGUGCCCGGCAAAUAAAAUAGAGAACUGAUUGCAGGUCGACAUGACGCUGGUGGUUAAAUCCUUUGUGAAGUGUGUUACAAAUCCAGGACAUAAGACUAUGAGGUUGUGAGGGUAAUGAUGGAAUGGCCUUGGCCUUGGCCUGGGCACCUGGCACCUGGCAUUGGAGGAGGGUAGCCAACAGCCCCUGCCCCGGACCCGAGCUCUGCACAGUUUUAAAAAUAGUCUCUUGAUCACAGAAGAUAACUGUGAUCAAUGACAUCAAAUAAUGCUCUUCCUUUAUCUGAGAUCUCUAUUUUUCUAAGCCAAACAUUUUUCAGACUGCAGAAUGUCCUUCCCAGAAUCAUUUUGAAAUUUCUGGCUGCCUUACUUGUUUACACAUAUUUUAGAACUGUUUAAAUUUCUACUCACAAUUCGCUCAUCACACACAAAACUCCUUUACCAGUGUCUUGGGUCAAAUUUAUCUCAAGUGAGUACAGACCAUUCUGUUAUCCUUGGUAGCUGGAUGCAGGGAUGGUACUAGUGAUUAGAAUCACAGAAUGUUAGUUACCCCAGGCCUAAUUUUAGCCAAUGGUUUCAGUCUUGACUCCAUAAAACCCUUGAGAGCUGUUAACAAGUGAUUACAUAAACAUGUUUCCUCUUUGUCUCAUCUUCCUUCUUUCCUGCCCCCAUGCAUAGUAGGUGGGGUUGUGUAAUGAGAGGGACCCUGAAAAUAACAAUAAUAAUAAAAGGCAGCUAAUGGAAAAGAGAACAAGAGCAUGGCUAAUCUCCACACUCGAUAUUACCUCCCAUGGUUUGAGAAUUGCCUGCAAAUGAGUACAGACAAUAAACUGCAUGGCACACUCCAUUCCGUUCAACACAGUGACCCAUCUGGUACCAUCACAGCUUUGGCUGCUAUUGAAGAGCCUAGCUCUCUAUUUUGAUAAAAGUAAUCUUAAAGCCUAAGGCGAUGCCCUAUCCUUCUCUCUAUAUUUACCAUGAAAUUAGGACGAUAAGGUGGAAAAACAUGUGUAUUUUAAAACUGACUACAGGACUUCAUUGCUUUCAUUUUCUGACAACACCAAAUUAACAAGAGGCAGUGUGCGAGGUUCUGAAUGGUGCUAUCGCCAAUGCUCACACUGCUGGUUAUGCAAUCACCACCACCGACCUUCUAUCCAAGGACCCGGCGUUAGUGUUAGGUCCAAGUUCAACAUGCUCAUGUUCAGCUUACGCAGUUGUUUGUUGACUGAUUGUAUUCACGGAAGUGGCGGUUUCUACAUCAGAAGUUCCCAUUUCACAAACAUAAAGUAAAAUCUGCCUGCAAUAUUCAUGUCGACAACAGAAUAAAAGAGAAUGCUAUAAAGAAUUACAGCACACAUAUUAAUAGUUCCUGUUUAAAAUGUUAUGACUCUUUGAAGAUAUUAUAAAAGGUUCAUUGUAUAUUUAUGUUAUGUGCUUUGUAGUUUUCCCCUCAUGUAUCCAAGUAAUUUUUACUUACAACUAAAUAAAUUUUGUCCUGUUUGAGUCCUGAA